AAGUCAGAGACAACAAUGGAGAUUUCCAACCUCCCUGGAAAGUCAUGUUGCUUAUGGCUCUUAUUCAAUCUACUCACUGUCAUUACUUGGCUUGACUCUUUUGCAGCUGCAGAGACUCACUACCAUGAAUUUGUUAUUCAAACCACGCCGACAACGAGGGUGUGCAGAACCGUCAACAUAAUCACUGUCAACGGGCAACUUCCGGGGCCGACUGUGGAGGCUAGAAAUGGAGAUUCACUUGCUAUCAGAGUAGUAAAUGCUGCAAAAUACAACGUUACUAUCCACUGGCAUGGCCUUCGAAUGCUGCGAAAUCCAUGGGCAGAUGGACCUGGUUAUGUGACUCAGUGUCCCAUACAACCGGGGGCGAGUUACACAUACCGCUUUACCAUCAUUAAUCAAGAAGGCACAUUAUUUUGGCAUGCUCAUGUUGGAUUCCUCAGAGCCACUCUCUAUGGAGCUAUCAUAAUCUACCCCAGAUUGGGCUCUCAUUAUCCAUUCCCAAUGCCUAGGAGAGAAUUUCCCAUUCUUCUUGCGGAAUGGUUUGACAGAGAUCCAGUGAGUCUCUUAAGGAUGACACAAUUUACAGGAGCACCUCCAAAUGUAUCUAUUGCAUACACAAUCAAUGGUCAACCUGGAGAUUUCUACAGAUGCUCCAGCCAAGAUACAGUACGUGUACCAGUAGAAGCUGGGGAGACAAUUCUCUUGCGAAUAAUCAACAGUGCACUUGAACAAGAACUCUUCUUUUCAGUUGCCAACCAUAGGAUGACUGUUGUUGGCACUGAUGCAACUUACACCAAGCCUUUCACCACAAGAGUCAUCAUGAUAGGACCAGGCCAGACAUACGAUGUCCUCCUCACUGCUGAUCAAAUCCCAGGUCGUUACUACAUGGCAGCACGAGCUUAUGAAACAGCCCAAAAUGCUCCUUUUGACAAUACCACCCCCACCGCAAUCCUUGAAUACAAAUCUGUUGGCUGCGGCAACAAUAAUGGACAGCUCUCAAGACCAUUAUUGGCAGCUCUUCCAGCUUUCAAUGAUACAUCAACUGCAACUGCAUUCACCAAUGGAAUCAGGGGCCUUUCCCAGAAUACUGUGUUUACAAAUGUUGAUGUGAAUCUGAAUUUUGUAGUUGGGUUAGGAUUAAUCAAUUGCACAAAUCCUAAUAGUCCCCGUUGUCAAGGACCGAAUGGAACUCGCUUCACAGCCAGCGUGAACAAUGUUUCUUUGGUACUGCCAAGAACCUCCUCCUUAAUGCAAGCAUAUUAUCAAGGUAUACCUGGUGUCUUCACCACAGACUUUCCUCCUGUUCCUCCUCUGCAAUUCAAUUAUACUGGGAAUGUGCCCCGAGGCCUAUGGACGCCUUCCCGGGGAACUAAGCUCUACAAGUUGAAGUAUGGUUCCAGGGUGCAAAUUGUUUUCCAGGACACAAGUAUAGUGACAACUGAGGACCAUCCACUCCAUCUUCAUGGAUACGACUUCUUUGUAGUUGGUUCAGGUUUUGGCAAUUUCAACCCAGCAACAGAUCCUGCGAAUUUCAACCUUGUUGAUCCACCUCAAAGGAACACCAUAGGAAACCCUCCAGGAGGAUGGGUAGCUAUUCGUUUUGUAGCUGAUAAUCCAGGAAUUUGGUUCAUGCAUUGUCACAAAGAUUCACAUCUAUUUUGGGGUUUUGCAAUGGCAUUCUUGGUAGAGAAUGGAGUUGGACCAUCACAGACAGUAAUACCACCACCAGCAGAUCUGCCCCCAUGUUAAGAUAAAGAACACAUCAUUAGUAAUAAAUUUUAUGUUCAUGAAAUAUUGGUCCGUUGUGUUGUGAAUUAUUCAAAUAGUUUUCCAAUAGUCAGUGUGCUUUGUGCGCUCUUUCCAAGUCCAGACUAGCAUGAUGCUCAAUUGAGUAGAUUGUUAGCUGUCUCAUUGACUUUAAGGCUCUUGUGAGACAUAAAAGAGGAAUGCUUUCUUAUUA